GACUCUUCAUCAGCUUUGGGACGCAUCCUCCACGCACGCAUAGUUUCCCUCAGACCUGACCUAUAAGCAAAACCCUGGAGAUAAUGUUGGGUUUUGCGCCUCUGGGAAAGGACUUCUGACACAGAGAAAAUGCCUCAAGAUGAAAAGUCAAGUGAAAGAAAAAAGCGAGAGUUGAUUUUGACCUCAGAAUUACCGCACGUUUCCAAAACCGCAUGAAUUCCGUGGGAGACGCGCAUCACGGCACCGGAUAGUGGAGAGGAUAACAGGAGCGCACAGACACCAGCACUCCCACCUUCAACAUGGACGGCUACUACAACUGGACGCUGACAUCUGAGAAUGGCAGCAUGUCUUCCUCCCAGCCCUACCCCAGGGACCACACCUAUAACAAUACCUCAGAGGUUGCUGCGCCAAUGCCCUUCAGCACAGUCACCGCAGUCGUCUACACCAUUGUCUUCAUUGUGGGUCUUCUGGGAAACACGCUGGUCAUCUAUGUGGUGGUUCGCUACACCAAGAUGAAGACUGUAACCAACAUGUACAUCCUCAAUUUAGCAUUGGCGGAUGAACUCUACAUCCUGGGAAUUCCCUUCCUUGGCACCAACAGUGUACUUUCCUACUGGCCGUAUGGGGACUUCUUCUGCAAGGUGUGCAUGACUGCAGAUUCCAUGAGCCAGUUCUCCUCCACCUUUUGCCUGACGGUGAUGAGCAUCGAUCGCUACCUGGCUGUGGUUCAUCCUAUUCGCAGCGCCAAAUGGCGGAAGCCACAGGUGGCCAAGGUUUUUAAUUGCAUGGUGUGGGUCGUGUCCUUUCUGAUUGUGCUGCCGGUCACGAUCUACUCACAUGUACAGGAGGAGUUCAACACCUGCAACAUAACCUGGCCUGAGCCACGGGAAUUGUGGUCUAUUGUCUUCAUCCUCUACACAUCCAUCCUGGGCUUCUUUGGUCCUCUAAUUGUCAUCUGCCUCUGCUACCUGCUCAUUGUCAUCAAGGUGAGGUCAGCAGGUGCGCGUGCAGGCCUGACUAAGCGACGCAAGUCGGAGCGUAAGGUGACGCGCAUGGUGGUGAUCAUCGUGUUGGUGUUUGUGCUUUGUUGGAUGCCCUUCUACACUACCAACAUCGUCAACCUGUUUCAUACCAUCCCUGAGAACAACACCACCGCUGCAGUCUACUUCUUCCUGGUCAUCCUCACCUACGUCAACUCCUGCGCCAACCCAGUCCUCUACGGGUUCCUCUCUGACAACUUCAAGCAGAGCUUCCAGAAGGUGCUCUGCUUCCACAAACCAAAUGGUGUUGGCACGACAGGCCAGGUGGGACGUAGACAGACUUCACCCAAGGAAAACCACAAUCCUGUUGUCUCACCCAGAAACCCAGCGCAGAAUGGAAAACCACAGAGCAUUCAGCAGCCUAUCCAGAUGGAGGUUAUUGGAGACCUUGACAGUGAGCCUUUAACUUUGAAGACAGAGUUGAACGGCCAGGGAUCAAUAUGAAUUUUCAAGCAGACCCACCAUGUAAAUGAGCGAUACAACAUGGGACUCCUGGACCUUUUCUUGAGUGGUAUUUACUGUCUUUAUUGCUGAUCCUCCCACUCUGACUGGAGCAUUUGUGGAGAGGACCAGAGGAACAAAGUAGGAGAGAAAACGACAGACAUCAUAUCAUCACAAAUCUCAGCAUAUUUGUUCUUCUUUGUACUGUAUCUAGGUUGGCUGCAUUGUACAAAACAUUAGUUUAUGUCAAGAUGAAAGAUCUCAGUACAAUACAGUCAUGACACUUUAAAGUGCUGUAAAUUCUCAAAGUGAUUUACUUUAACUACAGAGAAAACUAGACUUGUAUUUUCAAGCAGAUUUACAGUUGAUCAUAUUCUAAUAAGAAACCUUGUUUUCUGAUCUGUUUCAUUUGUUGAUGAUAUUUCUUGCUAAUAAUUCAAACUCAACGCUUCUCUGUUAUUUUGAUAAAUUCAGUAAAAUGUACAUUUCACAGCACUAACACACAUCUGUGCAGGAAAGUGUUGACAGCGGGAUUCAACGAUACAAUACAGGAUUGCACAAUAAAUGUCGUACAAGCUAGCUUCACACCGAAUGACUAGAAGUAAUUAAUAAGUGAGGACAGUAUUUCUGUUCAACCUGGUCUUAAUCCGAAGUCGUUAAAAACUGGCGCUUGGGCACUGACUUACGCCGUCAGACACUGGAAAAAAAAGCCGUCCUUUCAUGUCAGCAUGCUACCACCAGUCGCCAUUUUUGGCUAGUGGUGACCUGUGGCAUUGAAACGUUGAAACAAAAGUUAAGGGGGCAAAAAGUCUGACUUGCGUUGGGGUGAGUGGUGGUCUAACAGCUACAGACUUUCCAACCUGGGCUCACUCCAAUAUCGUCAAAAUCCAGCGCUUGGGCAUUGACUUGGGGCGUCAGACGCUGAUGAAAAAAGCCGUCCUUUUACGUUAGCAUGAUCCGUGGCCAGCUGCUAGUUUAACAGUGCUAAGCUGCGUCAGGGGGAAACAUGGCGGGACAAGAACAAAAGUUACAAUGGCGAAAGUGCAUGUAGGGCAGGUGGGAGAGGUGGUGGAUGGGUCCAACAAACACAGAUUUCCACCCGGUGAGAGUGGUACUUGGGUCCCGUAAGAUUAUAAAGCCAAACCCUGUUCUUUUUGCCUAAACCUAACCAUGUGCGUUUGUUGUUCAAUGAAAAAAAAAAACACCAAUUUGUGUUGUUGUACUGAUGUAGUGCGUUUAUUUUUAAAGAUACUGUAUGUAAACAGUAAAUUUCCUGUGGAAACGGAAGUGUAUUUUGAAAGAAGACAAUGCAUGUAACAGGCAGAACUUGACAUGAAGUCCCAGAACGUCAACAACUAAUGCACCCAGGGUACCUUUCACGUCAUAUCUUGACAUGGAAAGUCCAUGACCAAACAUCGAUAUGUGAUGAGGUUGAAGUGAGAAAGUGUUGUUCUGUUAGAGCAAUAAUUCAACAUUUUUGGAAAUACAUUCUGGCAGAUAAAUCGAUGAAAGGAAUGAUACCACUCUCAUAGCUGUCUGUUAAAUAGUCUAUAAAGCUACAGCCAGCAGCGGGUUAGCUUAGCUUAAUAUUAGCUGCUUGUACACACAUUUUUUAAACUUCAGGACAGAGGCAAGCUAGCUGUUUCCCUGUUUCCAGUCUUUAUGCUAAGCUAAGCUAAGCUAACCGGGUCACUGGCAGUAGCCAUAUAUUAAUAACACAAUUCAAUGAAAAGAUAUUCUCCAAGGCUCUAUUUUUGCCUCCCUAAGUUGAUUAUCCAUUUAUCCCUUGUUACAUGCUAAAGGUGUCAAAGAAAUAGAAAUGUAUGUACAUAAAUAUAUCCAGUCAAAUAUGAGUCUAGCUCACAUAUAAAAUAUACUGUAUAAUACGUGACAUUAUCUAAGCUAAAAACGCUUUAACGCCCGUUUAACUGACAGACAUGAGAGUGGCAUUGAUCUUCUUAUCUAACUUCUAGCUAGAAAGCAAAUCAGUGCUUUUUCCUUACUUUAAAAAAGAGAAACUAGAACUGGAAAUGUAUGUUCUGCUAAAUUUAGAAGUCAUUUUAGCACAGGUAAUUUCACACUGCUCAACAUUUUUAUCACUAAGCCUUCAUGGUGCGUCGGGGUUCUCUCUUUAAUUUGAAAAUGUACAGUAUUUAUUUGUGCUGUUUUCACUAGAGUGAGCCCCUUUCUGUUGGUUAACUGUAAAGCUUGUUGAAAUAUUGUUGAUGGUCAUGACAGUUGUAUUUCUAUGGGCUUGUUAGUUUUGGCUUUUUGUAACAUUUUGACUUUGAUGUUACAAAGCUGUGAAAAAUGCUUCUUAGUAGCUCAGCCCAGCCCAGCCCUCUUCUCUCUCACAUUUCUAAAACAACAUCUGCUGCAGUGGGUGCCAUGGUGAAGUAAAGUCAUUGUUUAGCUGCUGCACCAUGAGCUUUGACAUUUGAUGCCAACAUUUAGGAUGUCGUUAGACACUGUUGCAUCUCCAUAUUUCUAACUUGAUGUUAACGAUGUUUAUGGUCAGGUUUGAGCUUAUUUAAAAGAACUACUCAGUAAGAUGGACCUGUGGAAACAUGGAUACCUUACAGGAGGCAUUUGUUAUGUGUAGCCUAUUAGAAACACUGUGAAUUUUAAAAUAAUAGGUUUUGUAAAUAUGGAGUCUUGUGUUCCAUGACAUAACAAAAAGUCUAACGUAAUCAUUUUGUCAAAGACGCCAUCAUGAAUAACAAUGAAUAGACAAGUCUGUUUUGCAUGUUGCAUUAAUGCUAAGUCCAGUCACCAGAAGAAAGUGAUGGUAUUGUACUUUUCUCUAAACUAUGGAUAUGUUACAUUAGUAGGUUUCACAUGUAACAUAUCAACGUUUCAGUGUGACACAGUGUAUCAGCUGACUCUGUUAUCGGGAAGUUGCAGGGACAGUGGAUGGCUCAGCACCAAGACCAGCUGGCUGCCAAGCUGCAGCAACCAGUGUUUCCAGGAGCUUUUGGGCAGCCAGACAUGGGUAUUUCUGCAACCCAUCCCUACUUUUCCAGCAGCAUUUGUGCAACCAAACAUGGGUUUUUAGCAACGUGCUGCUGCCUUUCCAGGGGUAUGAAGCCACCAAAUAUGGGUAUUUUUAAUGACUGGUUGCUGCUUUUCCAGCAGCUUUUAUGCUGCAGAAUGGAUUGUUCUUAGCAACCCUUUGCUGCUUUUCCAGCGGCUCUUGUGCCACAGAAUAUAGGUGUUUAUUAGCAACCCAUGGCUGCUUUUCCAGCUACUUUUGUGCCACCAAAUAUGGUGUUAUUUAGUAAACCAUGACCGCUUCUCUAGCAGCUUUUGUGUCACCAAUUAUGGGAUUUUUUUUAGUGACGCUUCGCCACUUUUCCAGCUCUUGUGCCAUCAAACGUAAAUGUUUUUAGUAGCUUUUGUGCCGCUGAAUGUGGUGUUUUUAGUGACCAAUGCUGGUUUUCCAGCGACUCUUGUGCCAUCAAACGUGGGUGUUUUUUUUAGCCACCCAUCACUGCUCUUCCUGAGGCUUUUGUGCAACCCAAUAUGUUGUUUUAUAGUAACCCAUCACUGCUUUUUUGGCAGUUGUGUGUAUGCAACAAAUGUGGGUGUUUUUUAAGCAACCCAUCCCCGCUUUUCCGGUGGCUUUUGUGCCGCUGAACAUGGGUGUUUUCAGUGACCCCCUGCCGCUUUUCCAGCCGCUCUUGUGCUGCAGAACAUCAAUGUUUUACAAAAGCUUGUUGCUGCUUUUUCUGCGCUUUGUGUGCUACUAAACAUGGGUAUUUUAGGCCAAAACCUGACCUUUUCCUAACCAUAAUCAAGUUUUUGUGCCUAAACAUAACCAAACAUUAACCACAGUGUUGUUAGAAAUGUUUCAACGUAUCCUCUGUAUAAUAACAUACUUUCUAACAUAUGUGUCAUUUGUGAAAUGUAAAAUGCCAACAUUUUUUUCUGGCGAUUGGGUUGCAAUGCUACACAUUACAAAGUAAGGCUGCUGACAUGAGCCUGCAUGAAACAAAGCUCUUCUAUUGUACCUCUAUCCCAUGAACAGACAGUUAAUGUUGAAUGUCACUGUGAUUUAUCAAUAUUAUAGCAGGUUUAUUUGUCAGACUAAUGCACUUUAUCGUUAUUUCCAGUCUGGACAGAACAGUGGCAGCUUUACGCUUGAAUGUUAAUGUCUCUCAACAUAAACCACUUUAGUUUCAUUUUUUGGAAUUGUCUGUAAAUGAAGUUAAAGUAGUUUCAAUGCAAAAGCAGUAAACAUGAAGAAGUACUAUCUUUCUUUCCCCAGGGCAGGUCAUUGGAACAGACUUGGGUGUAUUAUGUGGUAGAACUUUAGAACAAUGGCUUGCCACAAAAAUAAAUAUACACGUAAAAAUCUGAUUCCAGCAAAAUGAAGGGAGGCAGUUAAAAGUUUUCCUGUGAGCUGACUUUUUAUUUGUUGUUAAUGGUGGCGGGCUAUUGAAUCUUGAAUCUGAAUUGUUUUGUUUUUCUCAGAUUAAUGAUCCAGCAACCGUUUUAUUGUUUCUUUAAUAAAUGCAACCAUAUCAAAACACAGUGUGGAGUUCAAACUGUUUAAAGGAGAGAUUUGGAUUGUUCUGAAGUCUAUCUUAACGUUGAAAGAGUUAUUGGUCACUGCAAUCUUUAUCAAUCCCCAUGCUGGUUGUGAAGUGAUCCUUUGCAAAUGAAACUACACUGUAAAAGACAGGAGACAAAAUCCACAGUCCUCAUUCUCAAGUUAAA